GGGCGCGAGUACUUCCGGUAGUGCGGGCGCGGGGUCGCGCUGAGCGGGUUGGAGGCUGGCGGCGGCGCAAUGACCACGCUCCGGGCCUUCACCUGCGACGACCUGUUCCGCUUCAACAACAUUAACUUGGAUCCACUUACAGAAACUUAUGGGAUUCCUUUUUACUUACAGUACCUCGCACACUGGCCAGAGUAUUUCAUCGUUGCUGAGGCACCUGGCGGAGAACUAAUGGGUUAUAGUAAGUACAGUACCACUAGUACUUUUUUGGUUAUGGGCAAAGCAGAAGGCUCAGUAGCUAGGGAAGAGUGGCAUGGACAUGUCACAGCUCUGUCUGUCGCCCCUGAAUUCCGCCGUCUUGGCUUGGCUGCUAAACUUAUGGAGUUACUAGAGGAAAUUUCAGAAAGAAAAGGUGGCUUUUUUGUUGAUCUGUUCGUAAGAGUAUCCAAUCAAGUUGCUGUGAACAUGUACAAGCAGCUGGGUUACAGUGUCUACAGGACAGUCAUAGAGUACUACUCAGCCAGCAACGGGGAGCCUGAUGAGGAUGCCUACGAUAUGAGGAAAGCACUUUCCAGGGACACUGAGAAGAAAUCCAUCAUACCAUUACCUCAUCCUGUGAGGCCCGAGGACAUUGAAUAACCAUAGGCAGUGGUUCUUAGGCAGGUGUUCCAGACAGUUUGUGGACAUACUAUUUUCAUAGGAUGAUCUUGGAGCUCUAUUAGGAGGAAAGUAAGCAUUUAAGUCUUAAAGACUUCAAGAAAUGUGGGCUAUAAACUUCAAAUCUUAUCCUUCCAAUGAGCAAUAGCAUACAUGUUCGAACUGUUUGCCAUAGUAAAAUUCAAUCAAGGCAGCUAAGUCAGAAGGACACGUUCCACUAUCAUGGUUGACAGUACAUGCCAAGGAAAGACUCCCUCCGUCCUCCUCCUAAAUCCUGUGCCUGAGAACCACUGCUGCACAUAUAUAAAUAUAUAUAUAUUUUAUUUUGUAUUGAUCUGUUAAUUGAAGCUUUAAAAGCAUAUAUGAAAUGUAUAAAUCGGAGAUGUAUAGUAAAACAUUGUUGACUAUGAA